GCGGCAGCAGGCAAGCGGCGGCCCCACGAGGCCAUGAAGGUGAAGCAGGGCGGCAGCGGGGCCGGGACGGGGGCGGAGUCCGCUCCAGGGGCCUCGGGCCCAAGCGUGGAGCCAAAGCCAGAGCCGCAGCCACAGGCGGAAUCCGAGUCUGGGUCCGAGUCGGAACCGGAGGCAGGCCCAGGGCCCAGGCCGGGGCCGCUGCAGAGGAGGCAGCCGAUCGGGCCGGAGGACGUGCUGGGGCUUCAGCGGAUCACGGGCGACUACCUGUGCUCCCCGGAGGAGAAUAUAUAUAAGAUCGACUUCAUCAGGUUCAAGAUUCGGGACAUGGAUUCAGGCACUGUCCUCUUUGAAAUCAAGAAGCCCCCAGCUUCAGAGCGGUUGCCCAUCAACCGGCGGGACCUGGACCCCAAUGCUGGGCGCUUUGUUCGCUACCAGUUCACGCCUGCCUUUCUCCGCCUGAGGCAGGUGGGAGCCACGGUGGAGUUCACAGUGGGAGACAAGCCAGUCAACAACUUCCGCAUGAUUGAAAGGCACUACUUCCGAAACCAGCUGCUCAAAAGCUUUGACUUCCACUUUGGCUUCUGCAUCCCCAGCAGCAAGAACACCUGUGAGCACAUCUACGACUUCCCGCCUCUGUCUGAGGAGCUGAUCAAUGAGAUGAUCCGUCACCCAUACGAGACACAGUCUGACAGCUUCUACUUCGUGGAUGACCGGCUGGUGAUGCACAACAAAGCAGAUUAUUCCUACAGUGGGACGCCCUGACCCUGUAGAUGCUCCCUACCCCACCCAGGAAGGUCCUGGGCCCUCAGCUGUGACUUCCCCAGCACUCACCUCUCAAACCCACGUCUUCUGCCUGGGGAGUGUCCCAGGAGCCCUGGACCCUGAGUCAAUGUUGGGAGGGAGGGUGCCUGAUGUCCUCAGUCCAAGCCUAUAAAACUUACGGGUUCUGGCAUCUGGGGUGGGGCAGGGUGGUAGAGGGGCUCUUUGCCUCCAUGUCCAGGAAGGCCUCCUGUGGGAACAGACAGGACUUCUGGACAGCCUAGCUGAGCCUCUUGGCUGUUUCAGAAUAGUGUGCGUCAAUCCCGGCUUUGACUAGGCCAGGGCAGGGACCCAUUCCUUGUCUCCUGACAACCACCAACAGGCCAUCUAGAUUUGUUAAUUCACAGAUGAAGAUCCACGAUGGGGCCUGGCUGCCAAGCUUCCCAAGGGAGUCUGGACCCUGGCGCCAGCCCUGGCCUCCACCGUCAGGGGCCAAGAUACUGCCUGAGGUGUGGGAG